CCCGUCCCCCCCACCCACCCAGCCAAGCUAGGCUGAGCAGUGCCUACGUCGGCCUCGACUCCCGGGGGCUGGAGGAGUUACCUUUGGAUCCCGAAAGGAGGAAGGAAGCAAAAUAUCAACAACAGCCAAGGCGGCUUGGGCACUCGGUCUCGGUCCCCAGCUUGCUCGCCGCACGUCUGCUGGCCCCCGCUCCCACGACGGGGGCCCGGGCCCCCCGGCGCCGCCCAGGACCAGCGCGGACGCCGGCCUCAUUUAUUAUUCUCUUCGCCCGAAGCUGCGGCUUCCAGGUGUUGAAGAUCCCCCGGACAAGGAGCAAAGGCUACCCUCUCCCUGCCCUGACAUCCCCUUUUCCCCAAGCUGGGCUGGAGGCUGUGUGCAGGUGUCUUGGAGACCAUGAACUGAGCACCAAUCCCAGACUGUUCAUGAGCACAGUGUGAGGUGUGCCGAGACCCACAGCCCGGCAAGCCCCUCUUCCCAACAGUGAGGUCCCCUGGAGAAGAUGGGGAGGAAAAAGAUUCAGAUCCAGCGAAUCACUGAUGAGCGCAACCGUCAGGUGACAUUCACCAAGCGGAAGUUUGGGCUGAUGAAGAAGGCCUAUGAGCUGAGUGUGCUGUGUGACUGUGAGAUUGCGCUCAUCAUCUUCAACCACUCCAACAAGCUGUUCCAGUAUGCGAGCACCGACAUGGACAAGGUGCUGCUCAAGUACACGGAGUACAACGAGCCGCACGAAAGCCGCACCAAUGCUGACAUCAUCGAGACCCUGAGGAAGAAGGGCUUCAACGGCUGUGACAGCCCAGAGCCCGACGGGGAGGACUCGCUGGAGCAGAGCCCUCUGCUGGAGGACAAGUACCGUCGUGCCAGCGAGGAGCUGGACGGGCUCUUCCGGCGCUAUGGGUCAGCUGUCCCAGCCCCCAACUUUGCCAUGCCUGUCACGGUGCCUGUGUCAAAUCAGAGCUCACUGCAGUUCAGCAAUCCUAGCGGCUCCCUGGUCACCCCUUCCCUGGUGACAUCAUCCCUCACAGACCCACGGCUCCUGUCCCCCCAACAGCCAGCACUACAGAGGAAUAGUGUGUCUCCUGGCCUGCCCCAGCGGCCAGCUAGUGCAGGGGCCAUGCUGGGUGGAGAGCUGACCAGUGCUAACGGCGCCUGCCCCAGCCCUGUCGGGAAUGGCUAUGUCAGUGCUCGGGCUUCCCCCGGCCUCCUGCCUGUGGCCAAUGGCAAUAGCCUAAACAAAGUCAUCCCUGCCAAGUCUCCGCCCCCGCCUACCCAUAGCACCCAGCUUGGAGCCCCCAGCCGUAAACCUGACCUGCGAGUCAUCACUUCCCAGGGAGGAAAGGGGUUAAUGCAUCACUUGACUGAGGACCAUUUAGAUCUGAACAGUGCCCAACGCCUGGGGGCCUCCCAGUCCACCCACUCACUCACCACCCCAGUGGUCUCCGUGGCAACGCCGAGUUUGCUCAGCCAGGGCCUCCCCUUCUCUUCCAUGCCCACUGCCUACAACACAGAUUACCAGCUGACCAGUGCAGAGCUCUCCUCUUUACCAGCCUUCAGUUCACCCGGGGGGCUGUCCCUAGGCACCGUUGCCACCUGGCAGCAGCCACAGCAGCCCCAGCAGCCGCAGCAGCCGCAGCCUCCGCCACAGCCUCAGCCUCCACCACAGCCACAGCAGCAGCCACCUCAGCAGCAGUCCCACCUUGUCCCCGUGUCUCUCAGCAACCUCAUCCCGGGCAGUCCCCUGCCCCAUGUGGGUGCUGCCCUCACAGUCACCACCCACCCCCAUAUCAGCAUCAAGUCGGAACCAGUGUCCCCAAGCCGUGAGCGCAGCCCUGCGCCUCCCCCUCCAGCUGUGUUCCCGGCCACCCGCCCUGAGCCUGGUGAUGGCCUCAGCAGUCCAGCUGGGGGCGCCUAUGAGACAGUGGAUCGGGAUGACGGACGGGGGGACUUCGGGCCCACACUGGGUUUGCUGCGUCCGGCCCCAGAGCCUGAGGCAGAGGGCUCAGCUGUGAAGAGGAUGCGGCUUGAUACCUGGACAUUAAAGUGACGAUUCCCACUCCCCUACUCCCAGCCUCCCCGAUGAAGAGUGACAAUCUCACCGCCCACCCCCUGUCCUGGGCUCCUCCCGCUCGACCCCUCUUCCUUUCUUGUGCUCCGUGUCCUGUUGACGGUUACAUUUGUGUAUAAUUAUAUUAUUAUUAUUAUUAUUAUUAUAUAUUUUUUAAUUUGGAUUCUUGCUUUGGAGAGGGGAUGCUGUCAUCCCCUCUUUCCACACCUCCCACCAUUUUCAUUGGCUGGGGGGCUCUCUUUUUUGCGGGAAGGGGGGGACACUUUGCACGUUGUACACAUAUGCUGCAGGAAGGGGGUGGGGCCCCGACAGGCCUUUGGGAAAAGAUGGGUGCCGAGCCCUGCCUGCGGAGCUUUCCUAUCCGUCCCCAGACAGAGGGAAAUAACCAAAAAGACUACCAAACAACGAACUCCACACAAUAGACUCAACCCCAAAGUUGGCUUGCUGGUGGGUUUGUGUUUCAAGGAGAAAGGAGGCAGAGGUUCUGAAAAGUCCCUCUGCUUCUGGGCUGUUUGUGAGGCUGUAUGCACAUGGGGCUGAAUACCCACACCAGCCCCCACGUGCCCCUGCACACCCAUGGGACGCACUCGCUGACAUUUGUGCUGCACCCCCAUGGUGUGUGGGUGCUGGCUGGGCUUUGGGCUGGGAAGACUGCCUGGGAAUCUGAGGAUGGGGCAGGGAUUUGAGGUGGGAGCCUCUCUGGAAGCACAUUUGGAGAGAAAAAGCCAUGAGAAGGGGGAUGAGGAGAGCAGGGGCUGGGCAAGGGGCAGAUUGGGGCCCCCUCCCUUUCCAAGCUUUUUCUCUAAGAUACACAGUGCAAUAGCUCCCCAUCCUUCGAUUGAUGCCAGCCCUGUAAAGCUGGCCACAAUGUGCAGGGAGGAUGAGGAAGGGACUUAGUGAGGUGGCUCAGGGCAAGAGCCAGCCUGGAGCUUCCCCGGGGUGCCUGAAGGCGAGAGCCCUUCCAGGGGGUGAGUGUGGUGAGGGACGUCCUGGGCCUUGCACGCACACUGCCCAGAGGUCUGUGGAGGCAGGAGGUUCCAUCGCGGAGCACCUGCCUCCCGAGCUCCUCUGGGGCCUCUCCCAGCCCCCUGGCCCCCGGGCAGCCCCUCCUGCUCCCACCACCUCUCCCUGCUCUUGGCGCCCACUGUCUCUUGCUACCUCCUUGUCCUGCCACCUCCAGGCUGCACCCCACCUUCCCUCUUGGCUACUGUAAUUGUAAAUAGCGACCUUUGGAAAAUGUUAGCAGUGUAACAGUCCAGGAAACUGUUUUUUUUUUUUGUUGUUGUUGUUGUAUUGAUAUGAAAUGAGAUUCUAUUUUUGUCAAAGUAUAUUGUAAUAAUAAUGACUCAAAUGGCCCGUACUGUACAGAUGAGAUUCUUCUGCUGUUGUUUUUGCUCCCCCUCCCAUCCCCUGAGCCUGCCCCUCUCUAUUGCCUCCGGGGGCGGGGGGGCAAGGGACCCAGGGGCAGCUGAAGCUUGGGGUCCUGAGUCCUUAGGUUGGAUCAGAGAUCAAACUGAAGGGAACAGACCCCCAGCCUGCCCUUCCCCAGUAUACCCUGCCCCCAGGGUCUGCCCCCCUCCUCACACAAGGCCAGCUCCUCUGCCCAAGGGUUGCAGUGCUCCCUUGGGUUUCCUGCCAGUUGGAGGGUAGAGCCAGACAAGGCCCACUGUUGUGGCAGACAACCAUCUUUGCUUGCCUCUGUGACCCAGUCUCUUGCAGUAUUCCAACAUUUGACACAAGGAAGGAACCAGUAGUAGAGGGGUGUGCAUGACCGUACACGUACCUGAGUGUGCUCAUGGGGGCACCUGGUAUUUGUAUGUGCCAGCACAUGUGUGUUGGGGGGUGGGGGACUCAGAGUCUGUCUGGGUGUGUUUGGGAAUCUGUAUGAUUGGAGCUCAGAGGCGUCUCUGUGCUGUGUGGCUGCUGUGUGUUUACAAUGGGGCAGGUGUUCCUGCCAGCUCCAUAGCCCUGGCCUCCAGCUCUCCUGUCUCCUCCACACUGACAGGUCUGAAAUGCAGCUAGUGGGGCUGGUAGCUGAUCCUUUGCAUGUCCCUAUAGCCCUACCUCUGCAGGGCCUGCAAAGACCUCUGCCUCCACACAGUUGUCCCCAUGGCCCCUCACACCAUGGUCCCCCAGCCCAGGCCUGCUUUCAGAGCAACAUUCAAGAUCCUCUUCCUCCCCAAAGCUUUUUCCUCAAUUGAGCAGUUGUCCUUCCUCACUCACGGCUUAGCCCUGACCUGCUGACCGGACAGGGACACAGCAUGUCCAGCCUUCCUGCCUCUCCUGCCGGUUCCUAGAGGGAAUUGCAGGAACUGAUGAGGCUUAUCAGGGCCUGGAAAGAAGCCAGGGUGCAGCCUUGUGCAUGCGUGCAUCCCCCUCCUCCAACACCUGGCACACAAUAGGCGCUCACUAUGUACUGAAAUGGAUGAAUAGUUGAAUGAUAGGUGCUCAACAAACAUUGAAUGACUGGCCUUCCCUUCUCAGGCUCUGCCCACCUCCCAAGGCCAGGCUUGGUCCCCAGUGAGCUCAGGUGGGGCGGGCCUGCAGGUCACAGUACUCACCAGUUUUGCCCUCUGCCUCUUGAGGCAAACCUGGCUUUUGAUUACCCUGUGUAGAUGUGUCUAUGUCCUUUCCUCUCUGUCUCUGGGACGGGGUGGUCUGUGAAUGAAAAUGUGACAUUUCUGCAGCUCAGUGCCCCAAGGUUUUUCUUGGGGGCAGGGGCUCCUGGCUGGCCAGAUGAAUGGGUCCCUGGGAACCCAGACUUCAAACAGGGACUGACUUUCUUCUUCCUCUCACAAGCCAAAUUUGCCUCCACCCACUCCCUCUGAAGAACUGGGCACUUGCCAAAGUAACCACUGGAGUCAUCUGAUGCCCCUCCUAUCCCAGGUUUCCCACAACUUUUGGGGACAGGGUCAGGAGGACCCUCCACCUCAACAGAAGGCGCUACCCCCUCCCCAAUACUGCACUCAAGGCAGAGAGACUGACCCCUGACCCCCACCUGACCCUCCCCACCUUGGACAGGAAGGAAGUAAUGCACCUUCUUUUGCUGAUUAUUUAUUUGUUUGGAGAGACAAAAAUGAUGUAAAAGUGUAUCUAGAAAUACCUAUAUCUCUAUAUAUUUUUAACUGACUCUUUGGAAUCCCCUGGGGUGGGGUGAGGUUAAAUUUAGGCUUUCAUGGAGGGGAGGAGACAUGGAGCUUGGGAACUCCUUGUCCUCCCCUCUGCUGUCCUCCCCGCCCCCUAAAGCAGUUGGUAGUAGGAAUGGAAUUAGUAUGGGGGAAGUGAGGCUGGGAUAUUACACGGAGAAUCUGGAUUCUCUCUUCCUGGGUCAAAUCCCAGGCAGAGGGAGGGAGUGAGGAAGAGGAAGGGAGGGGUGGGACAGGCCAUGGAGGUGCCCCACCCCAAAACCCGACAAUCACCCACACUCCUGGGGCUCCCCCUGGGUCAUGGGGCUGGGUGAGUCCAAGUGUGGCUGUUGGUUUGUUUUUGAUAUUUCUUUUCGUGCUGUAUGGUGAUGCUUUCUUAGUAUUCUUCACAAUAAGAAAAGACAAAGUCCUCGAGAUUCUUAUGAGUUUUGUUUGAAAACUCUUUCACUAUAUUUGUUGUAAAGAGGUUUACUAUUAAAAGAAAAAGAAUACACGUUUCUGAUA